CUAACAGUCCUCCUCCCUGUUGGCUCAGGCACACUGUCAUCCACGUGAGGAAAGUACUGCCGAGAACCGGCAAUUGUCAGUGAAGGGAUCAGCAUUGCUCAUCAGGGCACUGAUCAGUGUCACCCACCUGUGCCCAUCAGUGCCACCCACCUAUGCCCUGCAGUGCCACCUACCUGUGCCCAACAGUGCCACCCACCUGUGCACAGCAGUGCCAUCCACCUGUGCCCAUCAGUGCCAUCCACCUGUGCCCAUCGGUUCCGCCUAUCAGUGCCACCCAUCAGUGCCCAGCAGUGCAGCAUCAUCAGUGGAGUCUAUCAGUCCAGCAUCAUCAGUGCCGCCUAUCAAUGCCACCUAUUAGUGCCUCCCAUCAGUGCUCAUCAGUGCCGCCUAUCCCU